GCCAAAUCUCAAAAUCAUCAAUUAACAAGAAACUUGACGAAAACGAUGCCCUUGUGCUUGUCUAAGAACAAGUACUCAAGACUGAUAAAACUGACAAAGACCACUGAACUCAACCCAACACCUGUUGGCCGUUGGACUCCCCGAUACACUUCCCUUUUGCCAGUCACAACUCCACUAAUUCAUCUUUUAUCUUAAUCUUGUUAUUCCUGCCCCCCGUACUGUAGAGGAAGGAAUAGACGAGCCAAAUGGAAGGGGUGAAAUUAGACAAAUGGGGUUACGAAGUCAAGACUCGUUCUGAUUCUUGCGUUUCUGCCAUCAACGCGUACUAUCAUCAGGUUCUUAGUUAUGGGAGAAAGAGGCGUGCAAUAUUGGAAGCGGCAGAACAUGAUAAAGAUUGCGUUUUGGCCAACAUUUUGGCUGCUCAUUUUAUGGCUUCCAACAAUCCUUCUAAAGCUUCUGCUUAUAUUCACGCAGCCGAGUCUCGUCUCGAAGGAGCCACCUCAUACGAGAAGGCGGUAUUUGAAGCUGUCUGUUAUUUGAUUUCUAAGGACAGAGACGAUGAUGUAGCUGUUGACUUGCACUUUAAGCUACUAAAAAUUUUCCCAAGAGAUCUGGUUUCUCUGAAAAGGGUCCAAGUGCUGUGCUUCUACAUGGGUCGGCCUGAUCUGUCUUUGGCCAUUGUUGAACAGGUUCUACCCUAUAAUCAACUAGAAGAGUAUGUAUAUGGUAUGCUUGCUUUUCCUUUACUAGAGCUGGGACGAAUUGCAGAUGCUGAGGAAGCUGCAAAAAAGGGAUUUGAGAUCAACAAGCAAGACUUCUGGGUGCAACAUGCUUUGUGUCAUGUUCUUCAAUAUGAAUGUCGUUUCCAAGAAGCAGUACGUUUCAUGGAAGAAUGCUCAUCAACAUGGAGUUCUUGCUUAUCUUUCAUGUAUACACACAAUUGGUGGCAUGUGUCCCUUUGUUACUUGGAAGGUCAUUCUCCAAUGAGUAAAGUCCUAGAGGUUUAUGACAAUCAUAUCUGGAAGGAGUUGGAUCGAAUUGAUGCAAUGCCUCCAGAGGUGUACCUUAAUGCUUUAGGUUUGUUGUUGCGGGUUCAUGUACGAGGCAAACUUGACAUCUUUGGGGACCGUCUGAAGAUGUUAGCAGGUCGUGUAAAAGAUAAAGGCAACUGGUAUUUAGAGUGGCAUUUCGAUCUGUUGAUAUUAUGGGCAUUAGCUUUUACUGGAGAACUUUCUAAAGCAGAAGAUUUACUCAAAGGCCUGAAGUCAAGAUUUUCUAUGAUGAUCAAGAAGAAGCAACAAAUAAUGCAGAUAGGAUUACAGCUUGCAGAAGCCCUAUACGAAUACGGAAGGGGUAAUGACCAAAAAGCAUUGGAUUUGCUUGGUCCAGAUUUUGAUGCCAAUUUUUGUAAGAUGAUUGGAGCAUCCGAUGAGCAGCUAGACGUAUUUAAUGAAGUCUGGUACAUUAUGUUGCUAAAUACUGGACAAGCUGCCAAAGCCAUAGAAGUAAUUGAGAAACGGAUCAAGAAGAGAGAAGGGGCUCCUUUCACGUGGCGUCUUCUGGAAAGAGCUUAUCAGAUGACGAACAAUCAUAAAGCAGCAAUUGCUGGAGAAAAAGCCAAGGCAUUAGAAGCUGCGUAUUUCAAGUAGCCCAACACGAAUACAGAGGUUGAACUGUCGUUCACCCUAUUCUACCACAAAAAUUAUUAAAUAAAUGUGGUACAUAGCUAUUUUUCCAGUGUUUAAGCUCCAUUACGUAUAGUGUAAUAUGAUUUGUAUAAUUGCUACUUGGAGCUUAAUGGAAUUGUAUCAUUGUAUAAUUGUUUUUUUGGAUAAGACAUUUUAACUAAUCCUCGAGGCUUUAAAACCAUCAGUGGAUAAAAGUUUAAAUGAUCAUCCCUGUUAGUAUAUUGAAAACUCGAAGUCAAGAGCUCAAAAUCUCAUUUUGUUCAUUAA